AUGCCUACAUCAGAUGGUUUGGUUUAUUCAUUACCUGAUCCAAUACUUGAACGAUUUUUUUUACAUAUUCUACCUAAAAUUCAUCAAAAUAUUGAAUGGUUUCAUCUUCAAUCACGAUCAAUGGAACGCAGUCUUCGUGCUACAAAUUUCCGAAUUUUUACAAAAGGAACAGAAUGUUAUAAACGAGACAAUAAUGCAAUUAUAUUUAAUCAUAUCCUGACUAUGUUCACUAAUUUACAAUAUUUAAAUUUUGAUCGAUCUUCAAUUUACGAUGAUCGAUUAUUUUUUUGUAUGAGACGUCCAACUGUUGUCUCUACAAAUUUGUUAGAAUUACAUGUUUCUUUGCAUACUUUUGAUGAUUGUCUUUAUUUACUUGAUGGACAUUUCAAUCAACUUCAUUCACUUUAUGUUGAUGUUACAAAUAAUUUUCCAGGUGGAAUAUUCAAAUCUGUUCAUCAAGUAUCAUUAUUUGAUGAACGGCCUUUUGAACAUGAAUUUUUCCUUCAAAGUGCUCAAUCAUUUCCAUUCUUGGAAAAAUUAUAUGAAUGUAAUCACGAACGACAAAUGUAUAAAGAAUGUAGUAAAUCAAUCAUUAAAUAUCCUUAUCUUAAACAACUUGAUAUUAUUUGUACUUGCAAAGAUUACCAUAAACAAUUCUUAUUCGAUACUAAAACAUGCUUAUCAUUUGAUGUUCAUGUUAGUAUGGAUUAUGAACUAGUGAAACAAGUGACAUGCAAUUUCACAAGAAUAAAAUUUGUUGGAGACCCUGAGAAUUUUUGUGGUGAAACACGAGAACUUUCUCAACAUAUAAAAAGUUAUUCUCCUCGUACGCAAAUAAAUUGUUUAUUGUGA